GAGAGACCGCCGGCGAGUAGGCGAGCUAAUAGCCGCGGCCUAGCAUUAGCUAGGGUACCUGGGCAGUGAACUGGAUCCCCGAAGGGACGCUCAGGCUGCGCCCCCUCUUCUGCCCUGGCUCAGUUCUCAGCUGAUUUGAGAGAGCACAGUGGUCAGGGCUCCUCAAGAGGAUCUGCUGAGUGUCGGUGCCCGCGAGAGUGGCUACCCGUCCUGCCUGGGGGGCUGCGAAAGGCGGAGCCGCCACGGAAACAGCUGUUCCCAUGGCUCUUGACGCGCCUGGAAUUGGACUCCGGACUGGGCGCUAAGAUGCUUGCUUUUGCCUUGUCCAACUUACACAGCACGUAGUUGACGAUUAGAACCCUGGGCCAAUCAAGAGUCUAGUUUCAAAGUGGGAGGAGAUAUGGGCUUUUCAUCCCAGACUCCAACAAGUCUAAUUUGAGAGGAGAAGAGAGCGGUCUCCUGCUCUAACUAGUACAUCUCCGUUCUGGAAUUGGACUUGACAGCUCUCCUCACCAAUACUUGCACUGCAGUGGCUACAGGGUUCUCUUGGGAGGUGGGGAUGGGAGUGCUCUGAAGACCAGACCACAACACUCAGAACCUCGACAAUGGACCGAGUUUUUGAAAUUCCUGAGGAGCCAAGCGUGGAGCCGAUAUCCUCUCUGGAGGAAGAUGUCAUCCGUGGGACCAACCCCCGAUUUACCUUUCCAUUUGGCAUCCUCUUCUCCACGUUUUUGUACUGUGGGGAGGCAGCAUCUGCCUUGUACAUGGUUAGAAUCUAUCGGAAGAAUAGUGAAACCUACUGGAUGGCAUACACCUUUUCCUUCUUUAUGUUUUCAUCCAUUAUGGUCCAGUUGACCCUCAUUUUUGUCCACAGAGAUCUGGCCAAAGACAAGCCACUAUCAUUGUUUAUGCAUCUAAUCCUCUUGGGACCUGUUAUCAGAUGUUUGGAAGCCAUGAUUAAGUACCUCACACUGUGGAAGAAAGGAGGGCAGGAGGAGCCCUAUGUCAGCCUCACCCGAAAGAAGAUGCUAAUAAAUGGCGAGGAGGUGCUGAUAGAAUGGGAGGUGGGCCACUCCAUCCGGACCCUGGCUAUGCACCGCAGUGCCUACAAACGUAUGUCACAGAUCCAAGCCUUCCUGGGCUCAGUGCCCCAGCUGACCUGUCAGCUCUAUGUGACCCUGAUCUCUGCAGAGGUCCCCCUGGGUAGAGCUGUGCUAAUAGUCUUUUCCCUGAUAUCUGUCACCUAUGGGGCUACCCUCUGCAAUAUGUUGGCUAUCCAGAUCAAGUACGAUGAAUACAAGAUUCGCCUUGGUCCACUAGAAGUCCUGUGCAUCACCAUUUGGCGGACAUUGGAGAUCACCUCCCGCCUCAUGAUUCUCGUGCUCUUCUCAGCCACCUUGAAAUUGAAGGCUGUGCCCUUCUUAUUGCUGAACUUCCUGAUCAUCCUCUUUGAGCCUUGGGUUAAGUUCUGGAGGAGUGGUGCCCAUAUGCCCAAUAACAUUGAGAAAAAUUUCAGCCGGCUUGGCACCUUAGUGGUGUUGAUUUCCAUUACCGUCCUCUAUGCUGGCAUCAACUUCUCUUGCUGGUCAGCUUUGCAGUUGAAGUUAGCAGACAGAGACCUUGUUGAGAAAGGUCAGAACUGGGGACACAUGGGCCUGCACUAUAGUGUGAGAUUGUUAGAGAAUGUGAUCAUGGUCUUGGUUUUUAAGUUCUUUGGAGUGAAAGUGUUACUGAAUUACUGUCAUUCCUUGAUUGCCUUGCAGCUCAUUAUUGCUUAUCUGAUUUCCAUUGGCUUCAUGCUCCUUUUCUUCCAGUACUUGCACCCGUUGCGCUCACUCUUCACCCACAAUGUAGUGGACUAUCUCCACUGUGUCUGCUGCUACCAGCACCCUCGGGGCAGGGUUGAGAACUCAGAGCCAUCCAUUGAUGCUGAAGCAAGGCAAAGCAUUGUCUGAGUCUGUCUUUUGGGUAUUUUGGGAUGGGUUGGGGUUGCCAAGAGCAACUGUGAAAUUGAAGGAGACAAUGAGGCUCAUGGGUGAGUACCCACCAGGACAUUGUUUUGAGUUUUCUGAAAGCCUAUCAGAAGAAAGAGCAGGCCCCAAACAGAUUUUAUUUCCUUAAGAUUGACUACUAUGUUUGGACACCAAGGUAACCACUGUGUACCUGGGAGGGUCAGAGAUAUCAUUCACAUUCCCCCCACCCAGGUCAGCUGUCUGGCUGCCCUAUGAGAUAACUUACCUCCAUGCACCUAAGGCUCUCUGUGACCUUUAAGCUCUGCUCAUUCGCUUGAGCAUUACUGCGGUUUCUGUGGGCUGAACUGAAUGGCCCAGAAUCCCACCAGAAUAUAUCCUGAAUGAUCAGAGGAUGUACCUGCUUAUCAGCUAUGGGUACCGCCCGGGAAAAAGUCUGACUUAUGUGAAACCUGUAACUGUGAAUGUGGCUGGGGUCUUUUAAUUCCAGUGAGAAACACUGAUUAAGAGGAAAACCCCCACUAUUAAAAGAGCUGCUUCUUAAAUGAGUUAGCUCUCCAUUAGGACUUUACUAGUGAUCAUUCAUCAAGGACCUUUCCUUUCAGUGGCCCUUCAAAGGCACACUCUGAGGAGGGAGUACAGAGUGGGUUUCCUUCAAGGCAUAAAGCAGAAUGACUAUCUCAGGGACCUGCAUGGGCCUCCACUGUGCUGAGUGGAGUGGUUGAAUCAAAGCUCUCACUUCAUGCCUCCUUAUCAGGGAUUCCAUCCAACCUGGCUUUUCUGUGCUCGUUGACCAACAUUGAUGUAGAUCUCAGAGAAGCUGAACUGUAAUUGAAAAUGUUUCUAAUGUGUGGAAGAAAUGAAGAUUGCUUUGUGU